UACCUGUAUUAUAUAUUCUACCUUUUUCAUGUAAAGAUUCCUUAUUUCCUUCUCAGAAACAAAAAACCCAAUAAAUCCUAACUACAGGAAAGAUAAAUAAUAGAGAGCCCCAAACACCCAUAUCACUCCUCCCCCCACACCAUCCUUCCUACAUUCUUAUCUUCUCUUCCGUUAUUCUUUCGCAUCUUGUUUUUCUGUCUUUUUCUUCUUUUUCAUGGCCACAGAAUUAAAUUCAGAUUCUAUCAACAAUCCUAGCAUCAUCGUGGAGCGGAAUCCAUCAGAUUCACGUUUAGCUGAAUUGGGUAUUAAAUCAUGGCCUAAAUGGGGUUGUCCUCCAGGAAAAUUUCCACUCAAGUUUGAUGCAAGAGAGACAUGUUAUUUACUGAGAGGGAAGGUGAAAUCAUACACAAAAGGAUCCUCAGACUGUGUGGAAUUCGGUGCUGGAGAUCUAGUCAUCAUCCCCAAGGGAUUAAGUUGCACCUGGGACGUAACAGUUGCAGUCGAUAAAUAUUACCAAUUCGAUUCCUCCUCUUCUUCUUAGUAACUUCAUCUACAGAUCAAUCACAGUGUUUCUCUUCUCUUUUCUUGUUUUCUUUGUUUAAUCUUGAUUAGUUGUUUUGUUUCAGUAUGUUUAUGAUUAGAAAAAGCUAGUAGUGUUGUGGAUGCUAGCUAGUCAAAGAAAAGGGAAAACAAAGAAUCAGUCAAUGCACGUCCUGUUCAGAGUAAUCUUGUUUAUUUUCUUUGAAUGAGAGCUUUUAAUUGUUCCUUUGACCGGUCAGAUAAGAAGAGAGGGAUUUUUGUCCUCCAGACAGAAAUUAACUA